ACUGGAUGCUGUUGACCAAAAUAAAAUUUUCUCCAGCCUUCCUCUCCUGUCACCGUGCCCCAGAGCUGCCGUGUCCUCUCUCACUGAUGGCUUUAGAGCUCCAAAAUGUACAGAUGGGGACCCGCUGCCCGGCACCAUGAGGACCAACCACUGCAGCCACCUGCCUGGAGUGCCUCCGGAGCGCCCACACCCUCCAGCUCCCGAUGGAAAGAGCCUGCCUGGCAGCAGCGGGGGCCUGGCCACCAGCUGUCCCCAGUAUGUCAUGCAGGUGUCCUCCAAGGAUGGGCAGCUGCUCUCGUCCGUGGUGCGGACCUUGGCCGUGCAGAGCAGCCCCUUCAAUGACCGUCCCAUCUGCAGGAUCUGCCACGAGGGCAGCAGCCACGAGGAGCUGCUGUCCCCCUGUGAGUGCACGGGGACCUUGGGGACCAUUCACCGCAGCUGCCUGGAGCGCUGGCUGUCGUCCUCCAACACCAGCUACUGUGAGCUCUGCCACUUCAGGUUUGCAGUGGAGCGCAAGCCCAGGCCACUGGUGGAGUGGCUGAGGAACCCGGGCCCCCAGCAUGAGAAGAGGACUCUCUUUGGGGACAUGGUGUGCUUCUUGUUCAUCACCCCGCUGGCGACCGUCUCCGGCUGGCUGUGCCUGCGAGGAGCCGUGGACCACCUGCACUUUAGCAGUAGGCUGGAAGCUGUUGGCCUCAUUGCACUCACUGUGGCACUCUUCACUAUUUACCUCUUUUGGACCCUGGUGUCCUUCAGGUACCACUGCCGGCUGUACCACGAGUGGCGUCGGAACAAUCAGCGGGUGAUGCUCCUCAUCCCGAAAUCUGCCAACGUCCCCUGCACCCAGCAGUCCCUGCUGGGCCUGCAGCCCCUCAAAAGGAGCUCCAAGGAGACAAUCGUGUGAUUUGGGGUGCAGCUGCACACUGAAGGUGGUUUUGGUUUGUUUUUUUUUUCCACCUCAGACCUGUCGGGGUCGGGCAGCGUCCAGCACCCAGGAAUGUGCAAUUUGGAUUUACAGACUGACUGCAGAGGGAUAAGUCACAGUCAGAGUUCAAGUGGUGGAUGCUGCAGUCAUCUGUGGCAUCUGCUAAGCUGCCAAACGUGUUUAGUGAGCAGGGACCCUAUGGAUUCUGCAAAUAGGUUAAUUGUUGCGUCAUCGAGUGAUGCAAACUUUUUUUUAUUGUUUAAAGUAUUAAACUAUGGUAAUUAACAAUGCAAAACAGGUUUUAAAAGUGCUUUGUUUCUAUGAUUUCUUGUUCCUACAGUGCUGUUUCUUUAGGCAGCUGGACAGUAACCAAUAUUUAUUUCUGCUUCCUAAAGCACAGCAAUGGCAUUUCCUCAUUUGAUUUUAUCUGCAGGUCCAUUAUACCAAUGUUUUGAUUAUUAAAAUCUGUGUAUAAUGAGCUCUACAAAUUGGCACAUUAUUUAAAUGCUACAAAGUGAUUGGAAAAUUGUAUUACCCAUUUCCUAUUUGGCAGGGAAGGUCUGACAGGAAGAUUCUUCAG